GCCUCUUAGCGCCCGGGCCGCUGGCCCGCGCCACUCUCCCGCGCAGCGCCAGCCACAGACCCCGGAGCCGCUCGUGGGCGCCCGCCGCGGGCUCAGGGCGGACCAUGCGCCCUCCGAGCCCCCCGCCUGUCCGCUGGCUCUGCGUGCUGGCAGGUGCCCUCGCCUGCGCCCUCGGACCCGGGGGCGUCUGGGCGACCAGCCCCCAUCACCAGUGUGAGUACAUGCAGAUGAUUGACAGGCAGCGCCUGCAGUGCCUGGAAGAGGCCCAGCUGGAAAAUGAAACCGCAGGCUGUGGCAUGAUGUGGGACAACCUCACCUGCUGGCCAGCGACUCCGCGGGGCCAGGUGGUGGUCCAGGACUGCCCCCUCAUCUUUCAGCUCUUCUCUGGUCAUGGCCAUAACGUCAGCCGGAACUGUACCGAAGAGGGCUGGUCAGAACUGGAGCCAGCACCCUACCACACUGCCUGCGGCCUGGAUGACAGGGUGUUUGGUGUGGAUGAGCAGGAACAGACCGAGUUCUACAGCGCUGUGAAGACUGGCUACACCAUUGGCUAUGGCGUGUCCCUCGCCAGCCUCCUGGUUGCCGUGACCAUCUUGAGCCUGUUCAGGAAGCUGCACUGUACCCGAAAUUACAUCCACAUGCAUCUCUUCAUAUCCUUCAUCCUGAGGGCCACUGCUGUCUUCAUCAAGGACAUCACCCUCUUCAACAACAGGGAGGUGGACUACUGCUCAGAGGCCUCGGUAGGCUGCAAGGCAGCUGUGGUUUUCUUCCAGUACUGCGUCAUGGCCAACUUCUUCUGGCUGCUGGUGGAGGGCCUCUACCUACACACCCUGCUGGCCGUGUCCUUCUUCUCUGAGAGGAAGUACUUCUGUGGAUACAUUCUCACCGGCUGGGGAGUGCCCAUUGUGUUCAUCAUGAUCUGGACCAUCGUCAGGGUCCAUUUUGAAGACUUCGGGUGCUGGGACACCAUCCACUCCCCCCUGUGGUGGAUCAUAAAGGGCCCCAUCCUCGCCUCCAUCCUGGUGAACUUCAUCCUGUUUAUCUGCAUUGUCCGGAUCCUGGUUCAGAAGCUGCGGCCACCUGACAUCGGGAAGAAGGACAGCAGCCCAUACUCGAGGCUGGCCAAGUCCACGCUCCUGCUGAUCCCGCUGUUUGGAGUUCACUAUGUCAUGUUUGCCUUCUUCCCGGACAACUUCAAGACUGAGGUGAAAAUGGUCUUCGAACUUGUCGUGGGGUCUUUCCAGGGUUUUGUGGUGGCCAUCCUCUACUGUUUCCUCAAUGGCGAGGUGCAGGCCGAGCUGCGGCGGAAGUGGCGGCGGUGGCACCUGCACGGCGUCCUGGGCUGGCGCUCCAAAUCCCAGCACCCGUGGGGAGGCAGCAACGGCGCCACGUGCAGCACCCAGGUCUCCAUGCUGACCCGCGUCAGCCCCAGCGCGCGCCGCUCCUCCAGCUUCCAAGCCGAGGUCUCCCUGGUCUGACCGCCAGAGGCCGCCAGGCCCCUCCGCAGCCUCCACGCCGCCCGGGAGCGGAGGUUGCAGCGGCGCGGCUGGCUCCAGCCUUGGCCGACGCUCUCCUUCGCUGCGGCCAGGACUGGGUCCACGUUCCCGGGAGCAAGGAGGCCUGACCCUGGAGGAUGCCGGGAGGAACCAGCAUCCCGCCCCGCCUCCGCAGGCCGCUCUGCCAAUCGUGCGCACCAAAUCUGCAUACACCUCCUGAAAAGCAGCCGUCUGUCCUUAAAGCUUUGGAACCCUGAGGGCGGGAAGGUUCCGCCCUGAUCGUGCCUAGAAUUCUGAUGUGGCCCUCACAGCGCUCUGGGUUAAGCGUUGCCAGCGAGGCUCCUCUCUGAGGACGCAGCCCCCUCCCUAGUGCCCUGCUUUUACUUGGCAGCCGCCCCGGGGGGGGGGGGGUGAGUUCUCUACCUCAGGCAGACACGGUUGCCACCUGGAGUUUCCGUUUGUGGGUCCCAGCUGGGGUCCUCCCUCAGGAUGGAAUGGCCCCGGUGUGUCCUCCGACCUGGUUGCUCAAGAAAGGGAGAAGACGGCCCCAGCCAGCGAUCACCCAGCGGCUUGUCCAUCACGUAGGACCAGUCACGCCAGCCUUACGCACAACCAAAGCAAUACGGAGCUGCCCGCCCUGGCGCACAUCUGCAGGCCAGCGACUGCCGCAAGGGCCCGAGACCGAGAACACAUGCCUCUUGAUGCUGAGGCCUCCCUGACAGCACUGGUGGGGAAACCGAGCCUGGGAGAGAGCAGGUUUCUUUCCUGUCGCUAGUGCAAACAUGAAGACUACCUUUACACAGAUGUUACUGCCCUCGCUCCCCACCUGCUGUGCCUCCCGGGGAGAGUGGCUGAGUGUGCUGCUGACAAAAGCCUGGGGGUCAAGGUUAUGCCUCCCCUCCACCCUUGGCCUCUAACCCAAGCUGGUAUCAGCAGGCCCCCCUCAGAGCCGCACCCGGCUUUGUGACAGUAAAUCCUGGCUCUAACGCCCUGGCUUAGUUCUCCUGCUCCCUCUAAGCAGUUGUGUGACCUCUGCUUCAGUGAGAGGAGCCACUGAAGCUACCGCCCUCCUGGCUUUGGACAGGAACCCCACAUUUCCAUGUGAGGACUUACCCCAAGAGCCUUUGAUUCACACCCUGAGUGUGAAGAGGUUGUAACAGGUUCCACUGUGACCCUCUUCCCCCUACACCCAGCUGGAAGGAGACAGACUCUGCCUCAUACCAAAUCAAAACAGCCAGCGGAGCUGUCGGAAGCAGCAAGGGUUCAGUCAUUCCUGGAGACAAAGCAAAGGGAAUGCGACAACCAGGUCUCGGUUGCCUGGGGGCCAACUGACAUGCUAGUGAGUGCAAACCCCCAGCAUGAGCCAGUGGGGAGAGAGGCUGUGUGCUGAGUGGAAGGUUUGCAUGGCCGAGGGGCAGGCGGGUGGCACUGGCCGGUCGAGGGACAGCCUGAGAGGGUAUAUGCAGACGCACCUGUAAAUGUCAGGGUUGUCUUGCUGGUGAAGCCACAUGUAGAUGCCAGGCUGUUGUAAAGAAGCCAGGAUGGGCUAGCAGAGGCUUGGAUCUGUCGUCAGGGCCCCUUCAAAGGCUGCUCCCUCAGUACGGUGCCAGGACAGAUCAGAAAUACCUUCCGAGGCCAGAAGGGCCCUGUGCCUGAACGAACAGGCCUGGGAUUCCCCCAGCAGUGGUGUGUUGUGGCAUCAGGGUAAGGCACAGAGCCCUGGGUGGGCACCAGUGUCCAGCCAAGAGGACAGAGAGUGAGUGAAAGCCAAAGUGCGGCCGAGAGGGGAAGGGCAGAGGUGGGCACUGCCCAGAGAAGGCAGUGAGCAGCUCAGCGGAGGACGUUCUGGGAUGAAGAGGCUGGCAGCCUGGGUUAGUGACAGGCGAGGGGUGCUAGGCCUCCUCAUCCCAGCCCGCUUUUCCUCUGCCAACACCAGGCCCUCAGGCCUGCCAGGCACCUGUCAGGCCAGGCCGAUUCAUCUCUAUCGCCAUCUGGUGGGCGCUUUAAAGACUUUACCAAUUUGGACCGCCCUAGCUUACAGCGAUCAGGUAGCUCUCACAGCGGGAGGCAACAGACGGAAGGCAGGCCUCCGCGCUAGGCUUCCGAGUGUGAGAGAAAGGUUGUGGUGGGGAUCACCCCUCCGGCCAGCCCCACACCUCUCCCUCAGUCAAACCUACCGGACCCGUGUGAGUCAGGCCUGAUGGAACCCAGACUCUGGUACUCCUUAGAAUGGAACCCUUCCCACACCCUCCAAGGCAGCGUCCAGCUAACUGAGGGGUUAUGGAGAGGAAGCUGCGCCACGUGAGCUCGGAGGCUCCGUCAGCUCCGUGGAAAGACUUGCUUGCAGGUGGUCCUCCCACUCUGCAGCACUGCCUGCUCCAGGAGGCGGGCCACCUGCUAGCAGAACAGCACCCAGGCAUUUGAGGGCCAGGAGGGUGCUGGGGUGCCAGGGACACCAGAGUCCGGCUGGUAGACAUUGGGGCUCUUGCCAGUAGACAUAAAGAGAAGGUUUAUCAGAUGAGGUCAAGAGAUGGUGAGAGGUUGAUGCAGAGGAGGACCCAGGGUGGAUGUCUGCAAAGGGAGCCAGGCCAUCAACAGGAAAGGGAGGGAGUCAGUUGGUGAAACACGCAGAAGGGCAGAAGAAUGGCUGAGAGGUAUAAGGCUGUUGGAAAUAGGACCUUAAAGGGACAGAAGGUGGGAAGAGCAAGGCAGCCCCUUUGGAAGGAACCGUGAGCGUAAGGCAAGUCUCCAGGCGUCCCAUGGGUGUGCUGGGCACAGCGGGGUAAGGAGUGUGACUCAACCCCUCCGUCUGAGCUCCGUCAGUCUGUUGGUCGGUCUGUUUUAAUGAGCAGUGGCUGGGUUUCCCUCCCCCCAUGUGGGAACAGGAAGGACUCUUAUCUCUGGGGGAAGGGGAAGGGGCGGAGCCACAGCUGGCAGUCAUUAAAUGUCCUGCUCCAGCCAGGGAUGGCCAAGAUAUUAUUAGCCCCAGAUCGGUGGCCCUGAAGUCACAGCGUCCCAGGAAAGGGACGAGUAACCUCGGCAGGCAGGCCAGCAGAUGGGUCAGGAGGCCAUCAUGGUAAUGCCCCGUCCUCUGCAGGAGACAGAUGGGGUGACCAGAAGCCAGAGAGGGGAGUCAUUGUAGAGGCUGGAGCUGAACCCAGCUCUCCAAAUCCCAUAGUCGUGCCUCAGCUAUGCUACACAAAGUCAAGGAUGGGCAUUCGUGUGCCCUCCUGGGGGACCAUUUAGCAGUCCUGAUUCUGUCUUGAUACAUUGUUUAUCCUGUAUUUUUGCAUUUAUUUUGAUAUUUUAAAAUACUGCAUUAAAAUAUUAUUUACCUUGA